CUACAUUGCUGUACUUAAAUCCAACAAAAAUGAUUUUGAAAAAAAAAAAAAUCCAACACAAUUAUUACCAGGAUGACAAAUUCUAACUACAUGACACACAGGCCGCUCAGUCGGUUCAUCAGCUUAGUUGACGCAAACAAACAAAAAGGUUUUUUUUUUUUUGGACCAGAGUAAAUAGCUCAAAUUCUCAUCUGGUAUCAACCAAUAUGUCUGUCAGAGGCGAAGAAGACAUGUUUCCUCUGCAGGUGAAGGAGGAAGGUGUGUGUGAGCUGAUGUGGAUCCAGUGAAUCCAGCAGCAUGGAUCAGUGGGAGGAACCACAGGAGGAAGCCCCUCCCUCUAAAAGCAGAAAUGGUAACCAUGACAACCAGAGCAAAGCUCAGAGGAACCAACCUGGACCUGGAUCAGAAUCCAGCUGGGGGUCCAACAGGAGUGACAGAUCAAUGGAAGUCAUUCCUCCUAACUUCAAAGUCGUCAUUCCAGGACUGAAACAAGGUCAACAGGUCACACAGAGAGUCCAGUCUGUAGCCUCCAGCUGUGGAUCCAUGAAGAGUGACGAGUCCAAAAAUAAACCUCCAGACUUCAGAACUGAACCAGGACCUUCAGACUCACAACUGGACCAGCAGAGCUCAGAGACUCCCAGUGGUCCGUCUGUCCUGCAGCAUCAAACACAGCUGGACUCCAUCUUUCUGCUGCUGGAGGACAACAUUGUCACUUUUGUCAAGAAGGAGCUGAAGAAGAUCCAGAAGCUUCUGAGUCACAUGGAGGAUGAGGAGGAGCUGGAGGAUGAAGAUGAAGAGCAGAGGAACAGCAGAGAGUCACUGAUGAAGAUCACAGUGAACUUCCUGAGGAGAAUGAAGCAGGAGGAGCUGGCUGAUGGACUGCAGAGCAGUUUGACUGCUGCAGUUUGUCGACAUGAAGUCCAAUCUGGUCUGAGGAAGAAGUUCCAGUGUGUGUUUGAGGGGAUGGCUAAAGCAGGAAACCCAACCCUUCUGGAUGAGAUCUACACAGAGCUCUUCAUCACAGAGGGAGGAAGAGGAGAGCUGAAUGAAGAACAUGAGGUCAGACAGAUUGAAGCAGCAUCCAGGAAAGCAGAGAGAGCAGAAACAAGCAUCAGACAAGAAGAGCUCUUCCAACUCCCAGCUGGAAGACAAGAACCAAUCAGAACCGUGAUGACUAAGGGAGUGGCUGGCAUCGGGAAAACAGUCUUAACUCAGAAGUUCACUCUGGACUGGGCUGAAGGCAAAGCCCACCAGAACCUCCACUUCAUAUUUCCAUUCACUUUCAGAGAGCUGAAUGUGCUGAAAGAGGAGAAGUUCAGCUUGGUGGAACUUGUUCAUCACUUCUUCCCUGAAACCAAACAAGCAGGAAUCUGCAGCUUUGAAGACUUCCAGGUCCUCUUCAUCUUUGAUGGUCUGGAUGAGUGUCGACUUCCUCUGGACUUCCACAAGACUCGGAUCCUAAAGGACCCUAGAAAGUCCACCUCAUUGGCUAAUCUGCUGACAAACCUCAUCAGGGGGAACCUGCUUCCCUCUGCUCGCCUCUGGAUAACCACACGACCUGCAGCAGCCAAUCAGAUCCCUGCUGAGUGUGUUGACAUGGUGACAGAGGUCAGAGGGUUCAACGAUCCACAGAAGGAGGAGUACUUCAGGAAGAGGUUCAGAGAUGAAGAGCAGGCCAGCAGGAUCAUCUCCCACAUCCAGAGAUCCAGAAGCCUCCACAUCAUGUGCCACAUCCCAGUCUUCUGCUGGAUCACUGCUACAGUUCUGGAGGAUCUGCUGAAGAGCAGAGAGGGAGGAGAGCUGCCCAAGAGGCUGACUGAGAUGUACAUCCACUUCCUGGUGGUUCAGGCCAAAGUCCAGAAGGUCAAGUAUGAUGGAGGAGCUGAGACAGAUCCUCACUGGAGUCCAGAGAGCAGGAAGAUGAUGGAGUCUCUGGGAAAACUGGCUUUUGAGCAGCUGCAGAAAGGAAACCUGAUCUUCUAUGAAUCCGACCUGACAGAGUGUGGCAUCGAUAUCAGAGCAGCCUCAGUGUACUCAGGAGUGUUCACACAGAUCUUUAGAGAGGAGAGAGGUCUGUACCAGGACAAGGUCUUCUGCUUCAUCCAUCUGAGUGUUCAGGAGUUUCUGGCUGCUCUUCAUGUCCACCGGACCUUCAUCACCUCUGGACUCAACCUCAUGGAGGAAGAACGAUCACAGAAGAAAAGAUCCUUAAUGACUCUCAAACUGAAACAAAGUCCAGUCCAGUUCUACCAGAGUGCUGUAGAGAAGGCCUUACAGAGUCCAAACGGACACCUGGACUUGUUCCUCCGCUUCUUCCUGGGUCUUUCACUGCGGACCAAUCAGAAUCUCCUACGAGGUCUGCUGACUCAGACAGGAAGUAGCUCACAGACCAAUCAGGAAACAGUCCAGUUCAUCAAGGAGAAGAUCAGUGAGGAUCUGUCUGCAGAGAAAAGCAUCAACCUGUUCCACUGUCUGAAUGAACUGAAUGAUGGUUCUCUAGUGGAGGAGAUCCAACAGUUCCUGAGGUCAGGACGUCUCUCCACAGAUAAACUGUCUCCUGCUCAGUGGUCUGCUCUGGCCUUCAUCUUACUGUCAUCAGAAGAUCUGGAAGAGUUUGACCUGCAGAAAUACUCUGGUUCAGAGGAGGCUCUUCUGAGGCUGCUGCCAGUGAUCAAAGCCUCCAACAAAGCUCUACUGAGUGACUCUAAUCUGUCAGAGAGAAGCUGUGCAGCUCUGUCCUCAGUUCUCAGCUCUCAGUCCUCCAGACUCAGAGUUCUGGACCUGAGUAACAAAGACCUGCAGGACUCAGGAGUGAAGCUUCUGUCAGCUGGACUAGAGAGUCCAGAAUGUAAACUGGAGACUCUCAGGUUGAUAGACUGCAGUUUGUCAGAGAUCAGCUGUGAAGCUCUGGUCUCAGCUCUGAAGAAAAACCCGUCCAAUCUGAAAGAACUGCCCUCUGACCUCCAUCAGUCAUCUCCAGGCUCCGCCCCCAGUCUGCAGCAGCUUCAUCUGCUGCCUCCAUCCUCUCUCUGUGAGUCUCUGCAGAGUUUUUCUGCAGCUGCUGGUUUUUCUGCAGCAGCAGCAUCAGAGCCAGAGAGCCAAAGAAAGUGGAAAGUCUGAGAAGAAGCAGCUCUGAAGCUCUGCAGCUGACGGUGCAGCUUCAGGACUCAUGAGGAGGAGCACAUGCACGGCUCUGAUGCUGCUGAACGUCUGACUGAGAUGAUCCACAUUCAGAAGAGAGUUUCAGAGUGAAAGACGUGUGGAAGAAGAGAAUCCUGAAGGUUUCUGUGCAGACAUGAACUCAGUCAGAGAGCGUCUGAAUGUUGGAGGAUCCAGAAGAAACCAGGAGCUCAUGAAGGUGGUUCUGUUGGAGCAGAGAGCAGAACUCUGAUCCCAGUUUCAGGAACAAUGCAGGCUAUAGUAGGAAAAGGAUCUUAAUCAAUGUCUGCAGACAUGACAGCAAAAA